AUGCCUACACGAAGUAAACGAAGAAGCCAUUCUCAAGUUGCAUCAACUCAUCGGUGGUCAAAUACGAAGAUUUCAGAUCCAGAUGAUUCAUCAGGUGAUGAAUAUUCCAUGGAAAUUGAUGAUCAAGAAUUGACUUUCAACGAAAAACUUUCAUUAACCAACAUUGGUGAUCUUGCUGAAAUGUGCAAGUCGAAAUGUGACAUAAAACAUAUUAGCACUUUGCUCUACAUGUCAUUACGUUACUUCAACAUAAAAUGGGAAGAUGCUGAUGAAUUUUUAAAAAAUAUCGGUUUUACGACCGCGAAAACUUCUCAUAAAUGGGCAACAGUGUUUAUCAAAGGUGAUUAUCAAGAGUUUUCAAGUGAUUUACGUGGUGGCAAACAAACGGAUUCCUUUUAUGAUACAUUUCCCGAGAUUGAGGCAGAUGCUAGAGCAUUCGUUGUUCAAGCGUGUUCACAAAAAUCAGCAGAUUUCAAAGCAGCAGACCUGACUCAGUUCAUUGACGCAAAAUAUUAUGAAUUAACGGAAAUUAAAAAACAAAUUGGAGAUGAUUUGAUAAGAUCGGAAAGAAGUUGUCGUCUGGAUCUCCGUAGAUGGGGGGCUAAAUUUGACGCGAAUUCACAACGUCCAUAUUUUGAAUGGCAUGAAAGAGACGAUGUUGUGAAACAUCGUAACGAAUUUGUUAAUUAUUUUACGACACAAAGAUUUUGA